AUGCACGCCCUUAACCAGGACUGCUUCACCACGAUUUCCGUGCCUUCGGUCGAAAAGUUGCGAGUCUUCCACUCCAUCCCUCAUGGCAUAGACAACCCUCCGCGCCUUCUUUUCCUUCAUGGUUACUCUUUCUUUACAGACCUCUACGCCACUCUGCUUAACGAACUUUGCACCCACUUCGAGGUCCUCGCGUUUGAUUCUCCUGGUACUGGGGGCUCUGGUCCCAUCUUCGACGGCGAUUACACCGUCAACAGCCUCGUCGAGGUUGCUCUAGAACUAUUGACUAUUAGCCAGCUGAGAUGGGUUCCCCGUGCGGCUUCGGUCCUGUACAAGGCGAACAUGAAGUACGACCCUGACAAAAUGCUCGAUUCGCAAUCGGGGGAGGACAGGCAGCUAGCCGAAUCAUUGGUCGAGUCACUGGCCUUGAGCACAGAUAGGAAGAAGUUUACCAUUGUUGGACACUCUAUGGGCGCAUUUCUAGCAGCAGAACUUACAGUAGCGUGCUGGAACUGCGUGGAAGCCGUCUAUAUGGUAGCCCCAGCGGGGAUCAAGUGCGAAUUGAAGAACUUCUGGUCAGACCUCUGCGGCGGUGCUUUAGGAAUAUUCAGGAGAGCAUAUGCGAAGCUGCGCCAUAAGCAGACCAUAGAGAAAUGGGUGGCUAUUCAACAAGACAGUCUGGCACAGGGGCGCUCUGUGACACAUGCCGAGCAGAUGCAAAGAGAUUUCUCUGAGGCGUAUUUGGCUAACUCAAAAGCAGCCGUUUCUCGCUUUUGCUGCCUGGUGGACUUCCCGUGGUCUAACGGGCAUGACGUGUUUAGAGAAUUGGAAUCUAUAAUAGAGAAGAAGGGGUUGAACGCUUACUGCUAUCUAAUGGAGCAAGACGAGAUAAUAUCGUACAAGGAUGUCAGUGCCUUCUUCAGAGACAUCAUGCCCAAUUGCCGUCUGCACACCGUUUCGGCCGCCAAUCAUGACUGGGUGAACGACCACCCCCAUCUACUGGUUCAUAACAUAAUUAACGACCGGGCUCAUCUGACUGCGGCUACGUCUAGUGUCGAGAUCUAA